AAACAGAUAGUUACAGGUGUCAGUCCCUUGUGUCAUCCAUGGUCCUCAAUCAAUAACCUCCCAGUGGAGCCUUGCAGGCUCUGGCCCCCGUUGGGGGGCUGUUUAGUGUGCGUGUUAGUGAAACAGGGGGGCACAGCUGGUCGUUAGCAGGUUGCCUAAUUUCCUGCCUGGAGAGGCCCGGUUUAACACAACGGAGUAAGUUGGGUUGCCGACGAGGCGGGCUUGAAAGUGACACUAGCGCACGUUGCCGCACCGCGCUCACUAGAUAAAUAUUGGGCAUCAACAAGGCAGAUCGCACCUGUCAGGGCCCCAUCUAAUCCUAUCUCUUAUCAGCAUCAUGCGACACGUAGUGCUAAUCGCUGGCACAAAGUAAGCGCGUCUCACGCCAGUGCAACGCAACCCGUCCAAAAUGGGGCUUUCAGUGAGCGCCAAAACGAUCAAAUACCUGAUGUUCGCCUUCAACUUCGUCUUUGUGAUUACAGGGAUGAUCAUCAUCGGGGUGGGGGCAGCCGUCAAAACCAUCUACACGCAGUACGCGGACUUCCUGGACACCCAGUACUUCUCCCUGCCCAACAUGCUGAUCGCCACCGGCGCCCUCAUCUUCCUGGUGUCCUUCUUCGGCUGCUGCGGCGCCAUCAAGGAAAACUGGAUCCUGCUGGCCAUUUUCACCUUCCUGCUGUGCAUCAUUUGCCUGUUCGAGUUCGCGUCGGGGAUCGCCGGCUACGUGCUGAGGAGCCAGACGGCCGCCUAUCUGGACACGCGGCUCAGGGCCGACCUGAGCACCUACAACGAGUCGACGCACGCCAUCUGGGACCUGAUCCAGAGCAAUUUCGAGUGCUGCGGAGUGGACAGCUACGCUGAUUGGAGCCAGUAUUUCGGCGAGAGUGGGGAACUGCCCGUGUCCUGUUGUCCCAGCGUCUCGGGCGUCGUGGGCGCCUUCUACUGCAACAGCGCCUCAACGACCACUGGUACCCCAAGUACCAGUUACUCCACCACAACGACGACCACAACCCAAAACACUACUUCAAGCGAAACCACUAGCACUAGCUCACCUACAUCUGCACCGUCUGAUCAAAACCAGUUAGUGAAUCUGGCGGGCUCAGAGUCGACGACAGCCCCCUACACAGAGGGCUGCAAAAGCGCCUUCGGCGCCUACAUCAAGCAGCACGCCUACCAGAUCGGGGGCUGCGCCCUGGGCCUGGCCAUCCUUCAGCUGGUCGGCAUCGGCUUCUCCUUCUACCUGGUGCGCCAGCUGAAGAACGGCUACUUCAGCACCUGAUCACCGGCCGCGGCCCCUCGCCCAUGUCAAUAACCCCUAGUUAGUGGCGUGUUUUUUUGGAAAAUACUCUUAUAAUGAAGCGGAAAUCAACCAACCAAUUAAACACGUAGUGAGACACUGAA